UCGCUCAUAAACUGGAGAGACGUACACAGAUGCUCUCUCAUCUCACUCUCAGUGCUUGGUUGUGAUUUCAUCAAUCUCCCCUGAUUUAUUCGCGGCCAAUUCAAAAACAUUGGGAAAGAGGGAGAAUUGUAUUACGAGACACGGGAUACGAGCAAGAGAGAGCAAUCAGACACUGUAAUGGCGGACAUUAACCUUCAGGCCGUUCAUGAUGAACUGGUCCUCGUUGCCUAUGAGGCUGGACGCAUGAUUCUAUCUGCCAACCCAGCAGAUAUAGGCACAGGAACAAAGCUCAACUCCGUGGAUAUCGUCACAGAAGUCGACCAGGCUGUUGAGAAAAUGGUCUCGUCGCGCCUCUCAACGGCGUACCCGGAGUUUUCUUUCAUGGGCGAGGAGACGUACAAGCCUGGGACCAAGCUUGGCCCUGAGCCGACAUUUGUCGUCGAUCCUAUCGAUGGAACCACAAACUUCAUCCAUUCCUUCCCCAACGCCUGCAUCUCCCUCGGCGUCGCCAUCAACCGCGAGCCCGUCAUCGGCGUCAUCUACAACCCCUACCAAGACCUCCUCUUCACAGCCAUAAAGUCCCACGGCGCCUACAUGACCCGCAUCAAGGGCUCAACUCCCCAAAAGUUGCCCCUCGCCAUGAACCCCCGCCCUCUCGAGGGUCUCGCCAACGCCCUCGUCGCCAUUGAAUGGGGCUCCCACCGUGACGGGCCAAACUACGAGCUCAAGACGGAGGUGUUCAAGAAACUCGCCGCCACAAAGGAAACCGGGGGUGCAAUGGUCCACUCGCUCAGGUCGCUGGGCUCUGCGGCGCUGAACAUUGCUGCUGUGGCGGCUGGCCAGAUGGAUGCCUACUGGGAGGGCGGAUGCUGGGCGUGGGAUGUCUGCGCGGGAUGGUGCAUUCUCAAGGAGGCUGGGGGCAUUAUGGCGGGAGGAAACCCCGGGCAGUGGGAUCCUGCGGUGGAUGAGAGAAAGUAUCUUGCUGUGAGGGGGGCGCCGAGCGGGCAGAAGGAGCUUGUGGAAGAGUUCUGGGGGGUUAUUGGCGAUGGAGCAAUGGACUACUCUGUGUAGAGAAUCUGACACAUAAAAGUUAAAUGUAUUCAGGAGAUUGAGCACUGGGAUGGAGACGAAUGACAAAACUAGACAGAUAUGAGAUAAAAAAGAUUGUUUAUAGAUUAUGAUACUGUUUGCUCC